CCGUCCCCAAGCUUCGAGGGGGCGGGCUCGGGUGCGGGCGCGACAGGGGCUUCGGCUUCAGAAUCUGACCAGAUGAGUUCUUAAUGAGCCCAUGAAAGGCUUCCAACUCUGGCCUUCCUCUUCUGAAGGUUCACAUUCCACUUCUUUGAGCAUUAAUUUCUGAUUUUCCCCAGGGAUUGACAGAAAACUCAGCAGGGGCCUUUUUCAGGGUGUCUGGUGGCUACUCCAGGAAACAUGGCCAAGUUUGCCCUGAAUCAGAAGUUGCCUGACCUGGGCGACCCUGGCCCGAUUGGAGGCGCCCGCAGCCCGAGCUCACCCUACACGGUGGAGACGCCUUAUGGCUUCCACUUGGACCUGGACUUCCUCAAGUACGUGGAGGAGCUGGAGCGCGGUCCCGUCGCCCGCCGCGCCCCAGGUCCCCCACCAGCGCGCCGCUCCCGCACUCCCGGGGCUGGCCUCGCGGGCGCGCGCAGCCCAGGGGCUUGGACAUCCAGCGAGUCCCUGGCUAGUGAUGACGGGGGAGCGUCGGGCGCACUCUCCCCGGGCGUGCCCACGGGGUUCCUGCUGCUGCCGCCUCUAUCACCGCGCGCGCCGGUGCGCAAUCCGCGAGUUGAGAACACGCUCCUGGAGACCAGCCGGCGGCUGGAGUUGGCGCAGGCGCACGAGCGCGCGCUCAGCCCGCGCGUGUCCGGCCGCAGCAGCCCAGCCCCAGGCUCCGCCCCCAACCCCGCCCCUACCUCGCCCGGCCCAGUGCAACUGCAGCUGGUGCGCGAGCAAAUGGCCACGGCGCUGCGGCGCUUGCGCGAGCUCGAGGACCAGGCGCGCGCGCUGCCUGAGCUGCAGGAGCAGGUGCGCGCGCUGCGCGCCGAGAAGGCAAGGCUGCUGGCUAGGCGCCCGCACCCGGAACCCGACGGGGAAAUCGAGGCGCGCCCGGACAAGCUCGCUCAGCUGCGGCGGCUCACCGAGCGCUUGGCUACCUCUGAGCGCGGCGUUCGUGCCAGGGCCUGCCCUCAGCCCGAUGGCCCGGACGAAGAGGCUCCGAUGCGCAGCGAGGGCGCACUCCAGGUCGACAGGGCGGUGGGGACCCCCGACGGGGCGCCCCAGAUGCGGGAGGCGGGAACCCAGUCCGUGCGGGGGACCCAAGAGGCGGGAGCCCAGGCAGUGCAGGAGACCCAGGAGGCCAGCGUGGAGGCGGCCCCCGAGACUCUUGAGGCGGACACAUGGGUUACCGAGGCGCUGCUGGGGCUGCCGGUGGCCGCCGAGCGCGAGCUGGAGCUACUGCGUACCAGCCUGGAGCAUCAGCGCGGGGUGAGCGAGCUCCUCAGAGGUCGGCUGCGCGAGCUGGAGGAGGCCCGCGAGGCUGCAGAGGAGGAGGCAGCUGCCCGGCUUCAGCCGUGCGAAGCUGCCACCCAGACCCUGUGGUGUUGUGCUGAGAAGGCCACGCAGACGGAGCCCCCCGAGGAGGCUCCUUCCCUGACGCAGAACCCUCCCGGGGCCACGGAUGGGAACAGAGCCGUGGCGCCCGUGGGCAUCCUCAAGUCCAUCAUGAAGAGGAGAGACAAUACACCUGGCGCCCAGCCCAGCCCCGGACCAAAAAGCCUACAGUUUGUUGGGGUCCUCAAUGGAGAGUAUGAGAGCUCAUCCAGCGAGGACGGCAGCGACGGCGACAGCGAAGACGGCGACAGCGAAGACGACGUUGCCGAGCCCCGGAGGAGGAGCAGCAGCUCGGGCUCCGGGGACGACAGCGGCGGGGGAUCCGACUCUGGCACCCCCAGCCCUCACAGCGGCGAGAAUGCCCGGGACCCGGAGCCGGAGGCAGAGCCUCAGCCGGGUGCGCAGAGGAGGUGCGAGCUGAGUCCGCGAUUGAGGGAGGCGUGUGCAACGCUGUACCGGCAGCUGAGUCAGCCGCAUGGAGCCUCCCGCGACGGCGGCGCGGCGCGCCUAGUGGCUCAGGAGUGGUUUCGAGUGUCAAGCCAGCGGCGCUCGCGGGCGGAGCCCGUAGCCGGGGUCCUGAGCGCGGUGGCGCGCCUGGGACCCGAGCUGCUGGCACACGUGGUGAACCUGGCGGAUGGCAACGGGAACACAGCCCUGCACUACAGCGUGUCCCAUGGGAACCUGGCCAUCUCGAGCUUGCUGCUGGAUACGGGGGUCUGCAAGGUUGACCGACAGAAUAGAGCAGGCUACUCAGCCCUCAUGUUGGCUGCGCUUACCUCCGUGGGUUGCGAGGACAUGAGUGUGGUCGACAGACUCUUCCGCAUGGGUGAUGUCAAUGCCAAGGCCAGCCAGACGGGGCAGACAGCUCUCAUGCUGGCCAUCAGCCAUGGCCGACAGGACAUGGUAGCAGCCCUGCUAGAAUGUGGGGCAGAUGUCAACGCACAAGAUGCAGAUGGGGCCACAGCACUGAUGUGUGCCAGUGAGUAUGGGCGCCUGGACACUGUCCGGUUGCUGCUGGCCCAGCCAGGCUGUGACCCUGCUCUCCUGGAUAAUGAGGGCACAAGCGCCUUGGCCAUGGCCCUGGAAGCCGAGCAGGAUGAGGUGGCUGCUCUGCUGCAUGCCCACCUGAGCUCAGCCCAGCCUGGUCCCCUGUCAUCCCCUGAACCUGCCACAGCCAUGCCUGGUGAAAGAGGAAGCAGUGACAAUGAAGAGGACCCCCAGUCUCAGUGAGUGGCCUGGCACAACGGACUUUGAUGGGGAUGAAGAGAUCUUUCCCUCCUCCACCUCAGCUUCUGGGGCACAGCAAAGGCCAGGGUCUGCUGUUCAGAUGCUAGCCUUGGCCCAACCUUCUUCCCUAAUAAAACAUUCCUAGCUAAAUUUGUGUCAUUUUAGGGGCACAUACAAACAU